CACGCACACAGUCGCCUUUCAGUAGCGCCAAACACGGCGUUGUUUCGAAGUUUUUUUUUUAUUUGGCUUUCCUUUUCAACUUGUAAAGAAUUGUGUUCAUGCAAAGAUGUGCGAAGUACGCAAUUUGAUUGACCUGACCGAGUGGGAUGAGCCCAACAAGGAGACGCUGCACGAGGAGCCGGAGGACAUGGUGGCUUCCGCGAAUUUCGAGGGACCCUACGAUCCCUUUGAUGUGAUGGAAAAGGAAGCCUGCAUUAAGGGCAUGACCUUGAAGACGCAGAUCAAGGAAAAGAUGUCCAGUGCCGAGCGACAGUAUCCGGAUCUGGAGAGCGAGAGUCCUCCGGUUUGCAUGCAGACACAGGAUGCAGCUUCUGCUCCCGCAUCCUCAUCCGGAGAGGUAACACAAAAGCGUCGCUCCAACGGCUCCUUUCAAAAGCAGCUGCUCAAACUUAACGCCUCACGAUCCGUGGCCAACACUCCGCCCCAGAAUCGUUCCAAAUUGGAGUUUGAGAAGACCAUACUGAAUGAAAACCUACAGAUGCUGGCCGCCGAAUCGCCGCUGAAGCUCAUCGAAGACGACGACGUCCUGUCCUCCAGCAUGAGUUUCGAGGAAGACCUGAAAAUGCUACGCAUACCGGUUCUGGAUGCGCUAAAUAAUGCACAAGAACCCAAGACAAAUGUCGAGGAAAACAAUAACAACCGACAACUUAUCAAAAUUGAAGAAAAAACGCCGGAAAAGUCGCAGGAGGAAGCACUCGAGGAUCGAGCAAAUGGCAAGGAUUUGGGGCAACUGCUGCAGCAGCUGAAGAUGCUGGCCCACGAGCACGUCGAGAGGACCAAGUGGCAUCUGUUUGACACGGCAAUUGAAUCGAUUGCAGCCGUCAUCUUUGGUCCCAGUGGCUCUGGUGUGGAGGCCCGCAAAUCCGAGUUACCAAUACCGCCGUCCUCCUACUCGUACAACCGCCAGGGAACAUUUGAUCUAGAACUUCAGGGCACGAAGACAAAGCGUUCGUUUGACGCUUCGCAGGUUCAGGAGGAGAAUGAGGAUGAACAGGAGGAGGUCCUGGUGCCAGGCAGCAAGACCCAAAAGUUUCCCGAUGCCAUGGUCAGCUCCUCGGCCACCUACGAUGGUGAAUCACGCAUGGAUCCAUUUAAAAAGGACUUGCAUCCAUCCCCACCGACGAUACCCGUCAUGCCAGUGGCCGCCCGACAGGAACCCUUCAUGACGGAGUUGAUGGAUGAAACACUUGCUCUGCAGAUCAACGAGUUACUAGAACGGCACAAACUAGCAAAGUCAGCGAGCGGGGAUCAUGAACAGACACAAGGCGUCGAUCCCAGGACAGUCAUCCUACUGGUAAAUCCCAGUAACUACGGCAGUCAGCUUUCCUAUCCCUCCAGCUGCAUUGGCAUGGCGAAUCCAAUGCCCCUAAGUGAUGCCAAUGCAGCAGGCUCAAUGCGCCGCCGAUCGUCGUCACUGUCCAUUCAGGACAAGUCCAAGCUGCCCCGCGAAGUGCUUAAGUCCGAUCGCCAGGUGGAGAAUCUACCGCCGCCCAGGGAAGCCAAAAGCACAGCCACAGUUGGUCCAAUGAGUGGUGGUGGAGCAGCAGCGGCUGGCUUCCGACCGAGGAGCAACUCCUUCUCCACGCCCAGCAAUCCGUCCACAAAGGCCUACGAAAGCAGGCGCACCCUCAUGAGCAGCCGCCUGAGGACGCCAUCGAUAACCGAAUCGGUGCCGAAACCCAAUGGAUCCGUGAGGGCCACGAAGCCCAUCAAGCCCGUUGUGCCCAUGAUGAAAGUGACAGCGAGCAACGAGUCCACUUACCUGAAUCCCGUCCAUCCACGUGUCCCAGACACGCCCAUUUCCUCGAGGAGCAAGGCCGGCCAGAAGAUAUCCUGCACGAGCACACCGCUGCCGCAGAUGCGCACUCAGCAGCGCAGAUCCCUAAAGCCAGUGACUGGCUUGGGAUCUGGACCAGGAUCCCUGGCCAAUGCCUCCUACUCAACGCCAUCGUUCAGGGGACCGAGCUUCUCCAAGAAGACCAGUUCCGGUUAGAGUGCACCUGGCUGUCCCGUGGCGGCGCAAUGUCGCCUGAAAGUGAGAAUGUGAUGUCCGAGGUCAAGUUUUUAACCUUGAAGAUAAACCUACAUUGUGAAUACGGCUUGGCUAUCUAUUCCUAUAUUUUGUUGUUUCCUACUUCUUUUUUGCCUGACGUCACAAGAUAAUGCAAACUGAUAUGCAGUCUGGACUUAAUAUUAAACAUAAGACAUAUAGUUAUCUCUCAGAAACGGAUGGAAAAAAGAAAGUUAAUAAGUUGAGUUACUGGGAAUACCCAUCCACUAGGAAUACGUUUUUUUUCCAAGACCCUAACUAUGUAUUAAUUAAUGUCCCGAAGUCUUAAAUGUUAGGAGAUUAUAAAUUAUUUGUUUAACGUAACACAUUACAAGGAAACGAAAAUAAUGAGACGCCCAGCCACUAAGCCUAAGUUAUACUUUCUAAGCUAGUAAUUAAAAAUCGAUGUAAUUAAUUUUCUAAAUUCUUUAAUGUUAUGAAUACGCACACAAGUAGAGUUUAAUAAACAACGAGAUUGUAAGUUUAA